UAGCUACAAUUUGUGAUGGAGCGACUCUUAAUGAGACUUGUGUAUACAACCCUUGUCAGAAUGGAGGAACAUGCAUGAAUGUUCUAAGACCAGUUGGCGGGAAAAGCCUACGAUAUAACGAUGUGUACUAUUUAUACGUCUCUGACACAAUGAUGACAUGGUCUGAAGCGAACGAAUAUUGCCAUCAUGAAGGAGGAGGUCUCGUUGGCUUUGAGGACAAGGAAGAGGAAAAAUUUGGGGAUAACUAUGCUGCAAAACAAUUCAUCGAACAAGAUACAACCUACUGGGUGAGCGCCCGUUACCACGGGACCAGCUCGCAGUGGAAAUGGUAUCUAUCGAACGAAACUUUUGACAUCACCCUAGAAGAUAGUGAAGAUGGUGAUUGCAUGACCUAUACCAAACGCAUUUUCAUCAGUGUACCAGAAAGAGAAUCAUGUAACUCCACCCACAACUUCGUAUGUGAGGAUUACAAUGCCUUGAUAUCCCAAUGCCGGUGUCCACCGGGGUACUCUGGCCCUUUCUGCGAGAACCAAGACGAACCUGGAACAUCCAGCAGCAAAUCAGUGAAAAUUUGCGAGGGAGAAAGCGAUCUGCUGACCUGUGCGCUGGAACAGAAGGUGAUUCGCGUGGAGUACGCCGCCUACGGUGUAUAUGACAACACAACGUGCAAUAACGGCCAUACCUUUCUCUCACCUGGUCAGAAGUGCGUAUCAGAGAACUCUGUGCAGAAAACAGUUGAUGUUUGCCAGGGACAAUCCUUCUGCGAUAUUUCAAUAGGUAAUGAGUUCUUCCAGAAUAACCCAUGCAUCCCGAAGAAGCAUUUGGACUUACGUUACCAAUGUGUUGCAAAUGACCCGGUCGUUUACAAUGCCCCCUACCCUCCUGCCCGACUUGAACCUCCAACCAUGUACUGCAAGACGAGGGUUUAUGGUAACACAACCUACGAGGUCACUGCAGAAAACACCACAGUCUACAAACGAUGCCCUGAAGGAUAUAGAGGACAAGUGAGCUUCUCGUGUUUAUUGGGUGGCAUGUGGCACGACCAUGGCCCCGAUGAUUCUGGAUGUAUCAAGAUCAGAGCAGUCGAUAAUCUGAAUGACGAGAUUAUGUCGGGGGAGAAGGAGGCGGCGGAAAUCGCGGAGACCAUUGAUGAUCUUGUUAAAGAUGGAGGGGAGACAACAACCCUGGAGGAUACCGAGGUAGUUAAACUCCUAACAGACUUAAAUGAACUCCAGAAGAAACAACUCGAAGACACGAACAAGAACACGAGUGAACGUAUCAGCACUGUCUCUUCAUACGCAGAGAAAACACUGAGUAUCGCAAGCGUUCUGCUCAAUUCAGAUGAUCAGGAUACAGAUGAAACGUCUUCACAAAAAGGCAUUUCAAAGAACAUCACCGAGUUUGUUGAAGAGGUAGCCUUUAUACUCUCUGGGGAACUCGUCGAAGAUACUUCAAAAACAGUAUCCACUGAUACCAUUGAUAUGACGUGUGGGAGUCUACCGGGUGGUCGGCGGGAACCUCUGUCCUACCCUGCCGAUGGGAUCUUUGAUCGGGAGAGUAUGACGAAUGUACAAGCUAGAGCCACUCUACCGCCCUCUACGUUCGAUGAUGAUCCCAGCAAAAAGAAUACAAUUGCUAUAGUUGAAUACAAGAAGAUCAAUAACAUUGGAAGUAGGACUAUUCAACCAAUGGAUAAUCCAGAUGAAUUGGUCAACCAAUCGGUAGUGAAUUCUCUUCUGCUUGGGGUCUCGGCGAUGAAAGGAAAUACCCCAGUUAAAUCAUUUCAAAACGGUCAGACAUUCAGCUACAUCAUGAAACAUAAAAAUCCCAACGUAACAGGAAACGUGUCCUGUGUAUUUGUCGACGAUACAAACAAAUUAUCUACGGAAGGCUGUAGGCUUGUCAAUACUAAUCGAACGCAUACUGAAUGUACUUGCAACCAUCUUACCAACUUUGCUAUCCUUCUUGAUGUCACAGGUGUCUACGAAGAUAUAUCUGUUGCCCAUACAACAGCUCUGGAGCUAUUGACUAUCAUUGGCUGUUCAGUGUCUAUUGGUUGUCUUGCUAUAUGCAUCUUUGCAUUUAGCUUCUUCAAGUCACUGUGGAAUACUCGUACAACAAUCCACCGUAAUCUAUGCAUCUCACUCCUAACCGCUCAGCUUCUCUUCUUAGUGGGUGUGGAGAGGACAGAACACGAUAUCGUAUGUACCGUGAUUGCAGCUAUACUACACUACACAUUUCUGUGUUCCUUUGCCUGGAUGGCAUUGGAAGGUAUUCAACUAUACAUCAUGCUGGUACACGUGUUUUCAACCAGUGGCAAGGUGUUACCAUACUACCUGGCAGGCUAUGGGUUGCCUGCUAUUGUUGUAGCCGUUGCUGGUGGUAUAAGUAAAGGUGAAGGUUACGGUCAAGAAGCAUACUGCUGGUUGUCUACUGAUCGUGGAUUCAUCUGGAGUUUUGCUGGCCCCGUUGCCCUUAUUAUCCUGGUGAAUGUUGUGUUUUUGGUUGUGUCGAUCCGCAUUGCCUACUCAGGGAGAGCAGCAGUCAGCAAAGAUGCAACUAACUCACAGAAUAUCAAGGUUUGGAUCAAAGGUGCAGUGACCUUGACCUUUCUCCUGGGUAGUACCUGGGGUAUAGGAUUCUUCUUUCUAAGCGGAUCAUCCAUACCCCUGGCGUAUGCAUUCACCAUUCUCAACUCUCUGCAGGGAAUGUUCAUAUUCAUAUACCACUGUCUUGGUAAUGAACGAAUCAAGAAAGAGAUGGCCAAGUUUCUCCUUCGUCAGCCAUGUCUGCCGGCAUGUCUCCGGGUGAGACUGGAGGCUGUGGCCCGUGUUGGCAGCAGUGUUUACAGCACAACUCAAAGUUCCACAGCACCUCCCGUUAACAAGAAACCAGACACUGUUGCUCUGACGGAUAAGAAGAAAGAUGUGAUCCACCCCGUGGUCUAUGUACAGGAUGUUGAUGAGGACGAUGGGAAGCCCAGAUCAUGGCUCUAUAACCGUACUGGAGCUGAUGAUACCAAAGUGAUUCCUUCGGACCAUCCGGAACCGGAUUACUACUGAGACCCUGACUAUUAUUUGAUAUCAGGUUCGGAAAUUUAUCUUCUGUAUAAAAAUCGAGGCUCUCAGGACCAUUAAUCCAGACAAGGAAAUGAAGGACAUGAGGUUUAAUCCGUUCCUUGAACGAAAUAUUGAUGAAGAUGGGAGUAAGUAAAGGUCAUGGGGCUACCAAGAAUAUUUUCUUUUGAUCUACCCAGAUACUGUCUACUUUUUAUCUUAAAGCUUUAAUUCCUUAAUGGCCAUUCUUGGAACUGAAAGAUCACGUCUUGUACUGACUCUAUCGGAAUUUAAUUUAAUUAAUUUAAAUCUGUAAACGCUGUAAUACGCGUUUCUGACUGGGUAAAACUGAAGAUGUGUCCGAUUUUCUGGAUUUGCUUUUCAAAAAAUGUUGUGACAUGAGGCUUUGGACAAGGACUGAUUUUGGUCAGUUUGUCAGUGACUCCGGUGUCUCGGGACCUCAAACACAAGGCAAUGAAUUUCAAGCACAGUACGAUUUAUUCUUUGAAAAAUACCACCAUCACUAACAAUACCAGCAACAAAUAUAUAAAAAAUAUAUACACCACCCAGGCUCAUCACUGCAACUGGCAUAACUUAGAGUAUGAUUGAAAAAUAACUUUGAAGGUGGACUAACUAAUGAAUUAUUUUGAAUGGUAAGAGAGACAGAUCCACAAAAGCAUCAAAUUCAUCAGCGAAAAAUGGAACCAACAGAAGUUAUCAGAAUAUGUUUUUAUGUGAUAUCACUAUUAAAUUAUAUCUGACCUACAUAUUGUGAAAUGUUUGGCGAAUAAUUAUGCAUCAUUUGCCACUUUGUAAAAAAUAUUUAUUGGCUGCCAUGUUCAAUGAAAGAACUAUGUCUGUAUAUAUUCUUGCAUAAAUAAAUCUUUUUCUCUUGAACAAUUAACUAAUUCAAUAAUACUAUGUAUUUCAACAUUUGAUUGUAUCAAAAUCACUACUUUUCCAGAAAUAUCUGUCUGAUUAAUAAUGACUAAAAUAUUGAGUUGCAGCUAUAUAGCCGGCAAUCAUGGCAAUUAUUUUAGUUUAUAUAGAGAUAAGCACAUUUUGUAUAGGGUGUAUUCAGAAUUGGUAUCUGUAAGUGUUUGUCUAAUUUUUGUGAUAUUUGGUGGUCGAAUUGUACAGCAACACAUGAGAUGUCUUCGUUUUCAAAGAUGCAAUAUGAAUACGAUGUAUUUUUAUAUUGCACAUUGUAAUAAAAACUAUCACAUACAGUGAACUAUUUUUCUGUGGUAACUUGAAUGUCAUUUACAACCGUAUUUGGCAUUUCAAUUAUUGUAUAUCAGCAAUAAUUUAGUUAAGUUGAGAAAUAAAUGUUUGGUAUAAAAUGAAGACUUUCUGUAUCCAUAGAACAAACAUGCAAGGGAAUAGAACUCUCGACUUUUUUUUAAUCAAUCAUUUUUAAUCACUUUGGUGACAUUUCGUGUGUUUAUAUGUCACUUAGGCCACCGCUUAGUGCUUUGUUUGUAAAAAAAGUAGAAUAUUUACACUAACUUUGAAAGAGAGAGAUGAUAAGACAAUAUAACUGUAAAUAUAUUUUAAUAGUGUAUAUCUUUAUUUAUUGUACAUUUUUUGAUCAACCACAGUUCGUAUGAAGAACCUUUGAGGGUUACUUGUAGAAAAAAGAGCGGUUCUAAAGAUUUAUUUAUAACAUUUUUCUGUUUCUUUGAAGAAACUUAAAGGUUCCAAAUGCAGGAUAAAGAAAGGUUCUAAAAUUUUGAAGAGUCUGCUGCUGUAAAUAAAUGACUAGUUUGAAAAAAAAAAUCAUAAAAAUAUUGAUUAAAUGUGAGUGAAUGACAAAGAUAUGCAAUAAAAGAACAUAUUUUUAAAUGUUCAUGGUUUUUAGGCCAAGCAAGUGAAAAUGAAAUUCAUGAGAUAAUGAAAGAUGAACCGGAAUAUAAUGUUAACUGACUGCAGCAGUCAGUUAACAUUAUUGAGAUAUAAUUUUGUGGAAUCUAUUUUUACCAAUAAGGAUGUUGUUAAUUUCUAUUCAGAUGGUCUUUCAAAAUUAAUCAGUUUUGCUGUAAUGAAAAUUAAUCAUUAGAUUAAUACUUUUUAGUGAGGGAUUGCUUUACAACUGAGAUAAAUAUUUUUCUGUUCAAGAUCUACUAAUUUACUUCCUUUUAAUGUUGUGUUGAAAUGAAAACGAAUUAAUGUUUCUGAAAGACAUCAUUUUGAUGAUUUCUUGUACGCUUUGCACUACAUGUAUUUCAAAAGUCCUACUGGCAUGAAGGGUUUUCCUUGUUUAUUGAUUCGAUGUAUAGUAAUAAAUAAAUUUAUUUCUUGCCUAUCUUC